AAGAAGCGAAGCUCACAAAAACUCAACAACCGAGGCCAAAUAAUCAGUUGAGCUUUCUUUUCAAAGGAAGCAAAACAAUGUGAAGAAUAAUAGUCACCACUCAGUGAUUUACAACGAAAAAAGGAAAAAAGGCAAUGGAAGAAGGAAUUGAAUCGAACCCAAAUAUAAACUGAACGACACAGAAAAAAAGAAAAAGGGAGAGCGCAUCCUCGUACGUUGUGAUAUUUGGGGGAAAGCGAAGCGGUGAAUCUCUUGGUGGGGCAGGUUAAGACUAGGCUUAAAAAGCACGAAAAUUAAACAUUUAUUUUUAACUUAUAAAGAGGGGAGUAAGAUGGAAAGCGCGUUUGACCCUGUAAAUGAAGAAACAGCCUCCAACCACUCUCAUAACAUAAAACUCACUUUAUAUUCCAAAAUCCAAACGCAUUCCAAUCCAUAUUUCAUUAAUUUGAUCUCAUGGGAGACAUAGUCAAGCACAUACUCGCUAAGCCAAUCCAGCUCGCAGACCAAAUAACGCAAGCCGCCGACGAAGCAAGCUCCUUCAAGCAGGAAUGCGCCGAGCUCAAGUCAAAGACCGAGAAGCUAGCCGCGCUGCUCCGCCAAGCCGCCAGAGCCAGUUCCGAUCUCUACGAGCGUCCCACGCGCCGGAUCGUCGAGGAAACCGAACAGGUCCUCGACAAGGCGCUUUCGCUCGUCAUUAAAUGCCGCGCCAACGGCCUCGUCAAGCGCGUGUUCACACUCAUCCCCGCCGCUGCGUUCCGCAAGGUCUCCUCCCAUCUUGAAAACUCCAUCGGCGACGUCUCCUGGCUCCUCCGCGUCUCCGCCCCCGCCGACGACCGCGGCGGCGAGUACCUCGGCCUCCCUCCCAUCGCCGCCAACGAGCCCAUCCUCUGCCUCAUCUGGGAACAGAUCGCGAUCCUCUACACCGGCUCGCCGGAGGACCGCUCCGACGCCGCGGCCUCCCUGGUAUCCCUCGCCAGCAGCAGCGACCGUUACGGGAAGUUGAUAAUCGAGGAAGGUGGGGUUGGCCCCUUGUUGAAGCUCUUGAAGGAGGGGAAAACAGAGGGGCAAGAGAAUGCUGCACGCGCCAUUGGCCUCCUCGGGCGCGACGCGGAGAGCGUGGAGCACAUGAUCCACGUGGGUGUUUGCUCUGUGUUCGCGAAAAUCCUUAAAGAAGGCCCUAUGAAAGUGCAAAGUGUUGUGGGGUGGGCCGUGUCUGAACUCGCUUCUCAUUACCCCAAGUGUCAGGAUCUUUUCGCUCAGCACAAUAUUAUAAGGUUACUGGUUGGUCACCUUGCGUUUGAAACUGUUGAAGAGCAUAGUAAGUAUGCGAUUGUUAGCAUGAAACCCACUUCUAUCCACGCUGUUGUGAUGGCUAGUAGUAAUUCUAAUAACGUUAAGAAGGAAAAAGAAGAUUGGGAGAACAAUGAGAAACAAGCGCAGAAUUUGAGUCGGAUACCACAUCCCUUGGGUGAAAGAUCAAGGAAUUUGCAUAGAGUGAUUACUAGUACCAUUGCAAUGCAUGCUGCCACCAAACAGGGUAAUCAGGGAAAUGAAGCAAAUGAGAAUCACAAGUCUUCUCUGCCCAAAAGCAAUGGACUUGGUAAUGAUGGUAAACAAGGAAAUCAUCAUCAUCAUCAUCAGCGUAAUUAUUCACAUUCGGGGAUUAACAUGAAGGGAAGGGAUCUUGAAGAGCCUGAGACCAAGGCCAAGAUGAAGGAAAUGGCAGCAAGGGCACUCUGGCAGUUAGCUAAGGGUAACUCCCCAAUUUGUCGUAGCAUCACAGAGUCAAGGGCUCUUCUGUGUUUUGCUGUUCUCCUUGAGAAAGGGCCAGAAGCUGUGCAGUAUAAUUCUGCUAUGGCAGUGAUGGAGAUAACAGCAGUGGCUGAGAAAGAUGCUGAUUUGAGGAAAUCUGCAUUCAAGCCUAACUCUCCUGCUUGCAAAGCAGUUGUUGAUCAAGUGCUGAAGAUAAUAGAAAAAGCAGAUUCAAAUCUUUUAAUUCCUUGCAUCAAGACAAUUGGGAAUUUGGCAAGGACAUUUAAGGCUACAGAGACAAGGAUGAUUGGUCCCUUGGUGAGACUUCUUGAUGAAAGAGAGGCAGAGGUGUCAAGGGAAGCAUCAAUUGCUCUCACCAAAUUUGCUGGCACAGAGAACUACCUUCACGUUGAUCACUCCAAGGCAAUUAUAAGCGCAGGUGGGGCAAAACACUUGAUUCAGCUUGUGUAUUUUGGAGAACCAAUGGUUCAGAUUCCAGCAUUGUUUUUGCUUUCCUACAUUGCAUUGCAUGUGCCAGACAGUGAAGAACUUGCUCAGGCUGAGGUGCUUGGAGUGCUUGAAUGGGCCUCCAAGCAAUCCUCCAUGACACAUGAUGAAACCCUUGAGUCAUUGUUGCUAGAGUCCAGGAGUAGGUUGGAGCUUUACCAGUCUAGAGGUCCAAGAGGAUUCCAUAAAUUGCAUCAAUAGCAAGAAGAAUAUCACAUUGUCAUCAUUGUAAUUUGUAAAGGUUUUUGAGUCAUAUUCAUAUUUGUUCUAUCAUUCUCUCGAGUGUGUAUACCAACCUAUUCACUUCUCCAAUUGCCCAAAUGCAUUUUGAAUCAUUUAGAUAAGAGUAGUUACAUCUUUAUACCCAUUUUCUCUUUGUUUCUUUUUUCUUUUCUUCGUGUAUCUCACUUCCUCCACCCAAAUCACACCUCAGUUUGAGGGUGUAAACGUAACAUUUUCGAUCUAGAUAAUUGUUCUUUCCAGAUCCAUUUAUUCCACCUUCUUUUCCUCCCCAAUUGGCACCACAAACGUCAAUUUCAAGUUCAAUUGUAAACUAAAAUAAGCGAGUGAUCAUUUCACAUUUUUUUCAAAAAAAACUUGAGGUAAUUUUUACCCUCAAAGUAGAUCGCAAAGUGUUGUAGGCUUUGCUGUAUAGAAUAGUUUAUUAUUCUGCAAUGGGCUGGACCAUAUAGAAAAAGACAGAAAAGAGAAUACUCUAUGACUUUGAAUGAUUCCUCGGCUUUGGGGGAACGAAUACAAAGCAGGGAAUAUAUAAACAAAGCACAAGUAUACUUGACCUCAGUUUAUGGCGAUGGAUCGUGGUCCAAAGAUUCGAUCGCUAGAGUAGGACGUGUUCAAAUAACCCAUGUCAAUAUAUUUUGAUUUAUCAUGCCACUACAAU